AUGCCCGUCUCCAUCCUCCCACCCAGCGCACCUCUCCCGCCCCGUCGCGAUGCCAGAGACGACGAUGAUUCCGAUGUCGACAUGUCCGACGACGACUUCCCCACGUCACAAACAAAAUCCAUAGUUACACCCGGCGAGCACAUAACGUCCGACCCACAAUGGAUGCGCGGCCACGGCACAUACGUCCCCGUUGGCGACAGCACCAUAAUAUCCACUGUCGCGGGCCACUUACACAAGACAAAUAAGCUAUUGUCGGUGCAGCCAUUACGCGCACGGUAUCAGCCUGAGAUUGGUGAUCUCGUCGUUGGCCGCAUAGUCUCUGUGCAAACCAAAAAGUGGAGCGUCGAUAUCGCAGCGCCUAUGCUCGCCAACCUACCACUAAGCAGCAUAAAUUUGCCGGGUGGCAUACUGAGGCGCAGGACGGCGGUAGAUGAGCUAAACAUACGGACUUUCUUUUCCGAGGGUGAUUUAUUGGUUGCCGAAGUGCAGAGUCUGCAUCAGGAUAACACAGCGAGUUUGCAUACGAGGAGUUUGAAGUACGGGAAGCUGAGGAACGGACUCUUUACAAGCCUGACCGGUGCUGGGGGAGGUAUUCUCUCGAGACGAGGAGGCGUAGUUCGCUCACGCCGCCAAGUCUUCACGCUCAACACCGCAGCCGGCGAGAUCGAUGUUGUCCUCGGUGUCAACGGGUACAUCUUCAUCUCGAAACACAUCACAACCAAUGCGGAUCCGAAGGAAGUCGGCAUCAACAGGCUAGACGAGAGUGUUACGGAGACAUUGUAUUCGAGCCAGAACGACGAGAUCGAGCCAGCGGUCAUGCGCGAGAUCACAAGGGUCAGCACAUUGAUCAAGGGUCUGGUAGCAUGUGGGACAAAAGUCGACGAAAACAUGAUUGUAAAGGUCUACGAAGGUGCUGUGGAACUAGAGGCAGAAGAGAAGAGUCUGGGUGGUGUGGAGACAGGCGUGGGAGCAAAGGGUGUCGUUGAAACUGUACUAGCGAGGCUAGAGCUCGAAGCGGGAGGAUGA